AUGUCUAAUUCAGACAUAUAUUCUAGACAAAAUCCUAGUGAUUUUCUUCGACAAGUAAUAGGGAAACCUGUUAUUGUUAGACUUAAUAGUGGAAUUGACUACAAAGGUAUCUUAGCAUGUUUAGAUGAUAGGAUGAAUAUCGCAAUGGAAGACACAAAAGAAUUUGUUAAUGGUUCUUUGGUAGAGCAACAUGGAGAUACAUUUAUCCGUGGAAAUAAUGUCUUAUAUAUAGCUUCAGUUAAUACUUCUACUGUGUAA